GGCUGGGUGAUGACUCUGCAGCAUCGCCCCUCACCCCUGCCAGCCCUCCCUCCCCCUCGGAGCGGAUCCCAGCGGAGCUGGGCUCCAGGGAUGCAGCCGUCCCCGUGCCAGCUCCUGGCCAGCCCUCGCUGCCCGUGUCCACAGGACCUGCUGGAGAUGGGAUGUCCUCCAGGCCAGUGGAGAGGGAUGGCCACAAUGCCACUGCUGCCAUGUCACUGUCCCCUGCUCCUGACUCUGUGAGCUCCACCACCGCAGCCACCAUCACCAUAACAGACAGCCCAUCCAUUGCCUCCAGCUCAGUGCUACCAACCUUGGACACAGCCCCAGGUCUUUGGACAGAAAAUACUGCCAGCUUGGCAAGAGGCACGGUGGAGUUGGGGACAGCUCCCAGCCCCGUGGAUAUACCUGCAUCAUCAUCCUCCUCCUCGUCCUCCCUCCCUGCCAGCGAUCUGUACUCAUCCCCUGGAAUAGUUUUGUCCCCAACACCUGUCCUCAUGGGCCCCGACACCAAUCAGCCACCGGCGCUGACCAAGGAUGACCCUUCCCUGGGGACGCUGGCUAUGGCAUCAAGCCUGGCCAUGGAGUCAACAUUCCCCCCGGUGACUGUCACAAGCCCCACCACAGCCGACUCCACAGACCCUGGCAAAACCACCCUCUCCACCGGAGUCACCAUGGAAGAGGUCCCACGCGCCCUGAGCGCAGGCAGCAUCGUGGCCAUAACCGUGACGGUCAUCGUGGUGGUGGUGCUGGUUUUCGGGGCGGCAGCAUACGUCAAGAUCAGGCACUCCUCCUACGGCAGGCUUUUGGAUGACCACGACUACGGCUCCUGGGGCAACUACAACAACCCUCUCUACGAUGACUCCUAG